AUGACGGAAAAUAAUCUUGCUGUACAUCUCAAAUGGCUGCUGAACCAAGGCUCCUCCUUGCACCCGUCCUUGUUUACUGGAUCUCCUCCCAUACAACGCGAGCGCGUCUCCCAACAACCCCCUCUACCCUCCGACGAAAGCGAGCUCUUGGGUGCGAUUAUUGACGACACCCAGAACACCGAAAAUGUGCUAAACGAGGACAUGGCGAAACUGCAAAAUUCAUUGUCCGCACGAAAACCUCGAUUAUUUAGCCGCCCAGAAACAUGGAAAGAGGAGCCGCCCUCAACAUCGAAGAAGGCGUCCACCUUGGUUCCAGACUCCAAUCUUGAACCACCGCGAUCCUCUUUCGUGUCUCGACUGAAAGCGACCCCACUUCGAUCGGAGCGAAAGCUUGAAACGCCGUCUUUUGACGAUGUUGAAGCCAUUGACCUCACGGGAGACCCGGAACGAUUCAUCCCAUCCUCGGCAACCGACUUGGGAGAGCCUCGACGACUAUGGUCCGGGGAUGUUGCAGCAAACGAACAGCCCGGUGAAAAGCGUGGGAAGAAGCGAAAGAGCGACGAAUACACAUCGGACCUUCUAUCACCCUCGAAAUAUGCGUCGAAGGUGCGAAGCGCCACGGAAGCCUCUAUUUCUGAACUUCCUUCAAGCUCAAAUAGGGUGAAGCCAUCAAAUGGCGCAAAACAGCUCAGAACCGCCUCCCCGUCCCCUAAAAAAAGCCAUCGGAAGCAAGUCAUUGCCGACUCCGACGAGGAAGAUCCAUUUGACGAUUGGACAGGAGAUGCAGACGACAUGAUUUUGGAUAUUGAUCCAGUGCUAUACCCAAAACUACCUAAAAUCAACACCGCAAAGAAGGAGAAGAACCGCCGCGCCGAAGACACUUGUUAUGAGCGCUCGCCAACUCGGACUUUGUCAGAAAAGAUACGGAUAGAGACUCAGAUGGAACAAAAGAAACCACCCAAAGCCUCAGCAGCUUCACAGCCAUAUCCUGGGCUCAAGUUUCCCAGCUCUCAGCCCAAAGACGAGUCUGUUCUCAAAUUUGUAGCUCUCCCAGCAACAUCUAUGGGGCAUUCUAUCCGCCAGCUGAGGCAGACACUGCAGAAGAAUUCAGAGGUUGUUUACCAACAGGCAAUGGAAGGCCAGCCAGCCCCGGAUCUGAUCGCAGAGAACAAAAGCCUUGUGUCACGAAUCCAAGCAAUUGAGGCUUUACAAUCCCAGCAAGCAUCUUACAACAGCUGCCUCUCUAGAAAAGAGAAAUUGAAGCAGAAUCUUAUGAAAGUGAUAUCCCAGGGCCUUGACCCAACAACUAUGCCAGAUGAACUUUCAAAAAGCCGAGCUGUGGAGUUGGAGUUGGAGCAAAUUCAGGCAAAGAUCCGCGAGCUUCUUCCUCAAGCCAGGAUAUUUGAUUUGACCAAAUGUUCAGAAAUGGAUCGAGCAACUUCAGUGUCAAGUGACUUCCAUUCAGACCGCCAUACCUCCAACAACCAGUUUGAAGUCUUUGGGUUUACCAGGGAGUCACCACCAAGAAAACAGCACACUUCUUUCCCCAGCCCUAAAUUGAGCAAUAAAAACCUCACGUCCCGGACUGGGCAAAGCAUUCCCACCCGCAGUGCCGAGGAAGGUCGUGUCUCUCGAAACAUGGGCUCACCAGCGAUAGACUUGGAUGAUUUUGAUUGGGAUGAGAGCGAUGAGGAGAUGCUAGAUGUUGCUGGAAGCCUUAGCAAGGACCCGCCAAUGUCUCUCAGUGACAAAAACAUUCAGAAUCGACCAGUCUUUGCCGAGACCUCUGGAAACACCUCUCGAAUGCCACCGCCAAAGAAGUCACCCGGCCGUAGCAACUUUUGGGCCAAUAAUGCUUGGUCCCAUGAGGUGAGAACUGUUCUGAAGGAUAAGUUCCACCUUCGUGGCUUCCGCCCGAACCAGCUCGAGGCUAUUGACGCAACCCUCGCUGGUAAGGAUACCUUUAUACUGAUGCCAACCGGUGGAGGAAAGUCACUGUGUUAUCAGCUUCCCGCGGUUGUGAUGAGUGGCCGUACCAGUGGCGUGACAAUUGUGGUUUCUCCCCUAUUAAGUUUGAUGCAAGACCAGGUCUUUCAUCUGCAGAAACUGAACAUCAACGCCCUCUUGGUGAAUGGCGACACUGACAAGGCUGAGCGAUCACACAUCCUCGAUCAAUUAUCAAACGGUGGCGGAGAGGGGAUGGAAUUGUUAUACAUCACACCAGAAAUGCUCAGCAAGAACCAGACCCUUGUAAAAGCCCUUGAGAAACUUCAUCGGCGAAACAGACUUGCACGCUUGGUCAUUGAUGAAGCGCACUGCGUUAGUCAGUGGGGACACGAUUUUCGUCCAGACUACAAGGAACUAGGUGAAAUUCGAGCUAAAUUCCCGGGUGUACCAGUCAUGGCCUUGACUGCUACUGCCACGGAAAACGUGAAAGUUGAUGUCAUGCAUAAUUUAAAGAUGAACGGAUGUGAGGUGUUCCUACAAAGCUUCAAUCGUCCUAACUUGACCUACGAGGUGCGGCCCAAGAAGAAGAAUGAUGAACUUUUGGCUAGCAUUGCUGAGACAAUUACUGGCUCAUAUCGAAACCAGUGCGGAAUCAUUUAUUGCCUCUCACGCAGGACAUGCGAAAGUGUGGCAGAUGAUCUUGUGAAGAAGUACAAAAUCAAAGCCCACCACUACCAUGCCCACUUGCAACCCAAGCAAAAAGCUGAUGUGCAGAGCGCAUGGCAAAAUGGUAGAUAUCAUGUCAUCGUCGCCACAAUCGCCUUUGGAAUGGGAAUCGAUAAACCCGAUGUGCGUUUUGUGAUCCACCACAGUAUCCCCAAAAGCCUUGAAGGCUACUACCAGGAGACCGGCCGUGCUGGCCGAGAUGGGAAACGCUCUGGAUGCUAUCUUUAUUAUGGAUACAAAGACACCACUUUACUCAAGCGAAUGAUUGAUCAAGGCGAAGGGAGUUAUGAACAAAAGGCUCGACAAAAGCAUAUGCUUCGGAAUGUUGUUCAAUUCUGUGAAAAUCGCAGUGACUGCAGACGUGUACAAGUGCUCGCUUAUUUCAACGAACAAUUUCGUCGAGAGGACUGUGGGAACACGUGUGAUAAUUGCAAGUCUGAUCUUGUCUUCGAAGAGCAUGACUUUUCUGAGUACGCAUCGUGGGCCAUCAAGAUUGUGCGGAGUUUAACUCACCAAAAUAAUGACAAAGUCACUGUGCUGUAUUGUGUUGAUAUUCUUCGAGGCGAUUUGAAAAGACCCAAGUCACCUUCACAUCGACAAAAUCCCGGAUAUGGAAAGGGUUCUAUCCUUGACAGAGCCGAAGCAGAGCGACUUUUUUAUCGCUUGUUGGGCGAAGAUGCCCUGGCGGAAGAAAAUGUCAUCAAUGGCAAAGAUUUCGCGGUUCAAUAUCUCAAACUUGGCCGCCGUGCUACUGAAUUCGAAAGCGGCCAGCGCAAAAUGAAGCUACAAGUGCGCGUAUCUCCGGAGAAGGCUCGAGUGUCACGACCUGUCACGUCACGACCAGCCACGAAAGCAAAACCUGGGAGUCAAGCUUAUCCUCAGUCUACAAUGGUUUCAUCGCCUAUUCAGUCGGCCAAUGACCGUCGACAGGCCCGCCAUCAGCAACGUGGGGCGCGUGUUGACUUUUCAGAAGGCGAAGAGAGUGAUGGGUUCGAGCCAAUCCGAGUAUCUGGAAAACAGCAACGCCAUAACGUGCGUGAGUUAGGCCCACCCAUCACUAUUGACCAGAAGAUGGAUCGACUUGAUCAUCUUCAUCGUGCUGUCGUGGAAGAUUUCGAGGUUACCGCCAAAAGGUACCUCCAAGAUGUCGUUGUUGAGAAGGGUCUUCGUGCUCAGCCAUUUCCUGACCACAUCUUGCGUGAUAUGGCCAUUUCAUUCCCCAAAGAUCCCUCGGAGCUUGCUGCCCUCCCAGGCAUCGACCAAGACAAGGUCAAACGAUAUGGCCGUCAGAUUUUAAGACUGGUAGACAAUGCGAAACGGCGCUACCAGGAAUUGACGCAAGAUGCCGAGUCCAAUGGCGUCGUCCCCGACCCUAACCACCACAAUGUCAUCAAUCUCAGCAGUAGUGAUGAAUACAGUGACGGUGACGAUCUUUUUGCAGACCAAGCGUCUACUUUUGAUGCUGACCAACUCCACGAAGACGAAGAUCUCACUAGCAGAUAUUUCCCUCCUCCCCCGUCUCCGGGGUUUGACCCUGGCGAGGACUUUGGUGGACCAGCAGAUUCUAGCUCCAAAGGCCGCAAACGUCCGUACACUAAAAAGCCCCGCCGGAAGAAUGGUGGCUCUACAAGCGGUUGGAAAACCAAGGGCGCCAGGUCCAAGACCACCACGGGCGGUAGCAGUCGCGCUCCAAGACGAUCCUCCGCUGCCCCUCGAAAAACCUCUACGAAAGCCAAGACCCCGAAAUCUACGAUUGGAAUGAUGCCCAUUUGA